UCAAUAGCUGGUGCUACUAAUUUUAUAUUAUACUGAAUUUUUUUACUUCUGAGGUAGCUGUAUGUGUUAUCGAAUAUCACAGUAUCUGUAAACAAAAACAUUUUUUAAUUACAGUUUCCUAAUGAGUGCACGAAAUGGGGAAGAGGACCCUCAACAAUGCAGUCAAAAGGUGGUGUACGUUCGGGAAUUGGAUCCUAGUGAUUCAGAUUCAAGUGGGCCUCCCACAUCAGAAGAAGACGGUGAAGCGUGGCUGGAUGCUAAAAAGAGUGAAUCAAGUACGACAGAUUUAUGGAUAAUACAAAAAUUAAUAAGAUACAUGAAAACGGGAAAUCAAACAGCCACAUUAGUUGGUUUGUGUUGCAUACAAGAUUUUGAUUUAACAUUGGAAGGAAAUCAAAUGGCCAUACGUGAUAAUGGCGGUUUAGAAGUACUUGUAAACGUGUUGGAGACAAAAGAAUUAAAAAUAAAAUUAUGUGCUUUGGACGUUUUGAAAACCAUUUCAGAAAACAUAGAAAUACGUAUAAAUAUUAUAAAUUUAGGAAUUACACCAAUAUUGGUAGCUUUACUAGAUGAUCCAGCAAAAGAUUUACAAAUGAAAGCUGCACAAUGCUUGGCAAUGGUAUGUUUACGACGAAAAGCUAGAAAAAUUGUUCGAAAAUAUCAUGGUAUAGCGAAAGUUAUUGAUUUGUUGGAUGUGAGUCCAGAAAUUUUAGCAACCAAUAUAGAGGAAUUGAAUGAUCAAGCAUUAGAUUCAAUAAAUCUAGCAAUGGCGGGAGCUGAAGCUUUAUGUUCUUUAUCAGCUUCGCGUAAUAACUGUAAUGUUAUGGCUUCAUAUGGAGUAAUUCCACUUUUAGCACGUUGUAUUCAUUCAAUCCAUGAACGAGUAACAACUCCAGCUCUGGCAGUACUCGCAAAUAGUGCAAGUAUACCACAUUAUAGUUUAGGUAUUAUUACCGAAGGAAUGAUUCCCGAUAUUGUAAAAAGUCUGGAAGGCGAUGAAAAACUACAAACAAACGGUGCAACAACUAUAUUUAAGUGUGCAGUCACUGAUAAAGCUCGAGAUUUGAUUCGAAUUGCAGGAGGAUUAGAUCCAUUAGUUAAAAUACUUUCCGAAGAAAGUUUAUUUGAAAAUAAAAAACUUUUAGCUGGAACAACUGGGGCAGUAUGGAUGUGUGCUAAAUAUCACAAGAAUAUUGAACGUUUUAAUCAACUUCAAACUGUCAGCGCACUUGUGCGCCAUUUAGAGGAUACCAACGAGGAGGUUUUAACCAAUACUACGGGAGCUUUAUCAGAGUUAUUAAAAGAUUCAAGUAACCAUGCUGUAAUGGUUACAACUGGUGGUAUUAAAUUAGUUGUCAACUUAUUAAAUGAGACAUACGUGCCACUUUUACGAAAUGUUCCAUUAGUAAUUAUGCAAUGUGCAAGAGAUUCUAAAUGUAUGGAUAAAAUAGAAGAAUUGGAUGGUGUUCGAUUAGUUUGGUCAUUACUAAAAAAUAGUGAUCCAAGAGUACAAGAGAAUGCAGCAUGGGCACUAUGUCCAUGUAUUGAACAUGCUAAAGAAUCCGGUGAAAUGUGCCGAAGUUUUGUUGGAGGCUUACAAUUAACUGUUAGUUUACUAUCAUCAGAAGAUACCGGUGUAUUAGCAGCCGUAUGCGCAGCAUUAUCAGUAAUUGCAAAGGAUUUAGAAAAUUUAGCUGUAAUCAGUGAUCAUGGUGUUGUGAAAAAAUUAUGCCAAUUAGUUGAUACAAAAGAUAAAAAUCUACGACAGCAAUUAGGUGCAGUUAUCGCGAAUAGUUGUAGUUGGGGUGGUAAUUGUAAAGAAUACGGUCGUCGUGGUGCUAUCCCAUCAUUAGUUUCGUAUAUGAUUGAUGAUGUUCCAUCCAUACAUCGAACUACCGCGCAAGCGUUGUUUUCUUUAUCGAAAAAUGCUUUUAAUUGUAUCACGAUGCAUGAAAGUGGUGUUGUUCCAUAUUUACUAAAAGCGGUGUCAGCAAAGGAUGAAGUUUUACAAGAAGCUGCUGCUGGUUGCUUAAAAAAUAUACGAAAAUUAGCUUUAGAAGCCGAAACAUUUCAUUUGUAUGACGAUAAAGAUGAAAUGCUUAGUGAGGAUGAUGAAGACGCAAUUAUUAUGGCGAAAAUUGCUGAAGAGCAUGAAAAGAAGAAGUGA